AAGAAAGUCGCGACGUCCUAGGUGAGUAAGCCUUCCCAUUUUCCUUUAUUUUCGUAAACAUUCCUGUGUCUGUUGUUAAGCCAUUUGAAGUGCGGACAGGCACCAAUCAAGAAAUGAUGGCUUCCUUCACCUUCCACCUCGUGACCUUGAUCACGGUGAUCGUCGCUGUUGUAGAUGCGGCCCCCGAUCUGAGCGUCUGCGAUCCUUCGGACCAGACCUACCCUUACGACGGCCCUCCGCUGCCCACCCUCCCCUCUCAGUAUCGGCUCAAGGUGGAAGCAACCAUCACGAACCGUCAAUACUCCUUCAUCCUCGAGGAGUUCUACGAUGAAAUCAACAAUCGUGGCGCGUCCAUCUCCAAAUACAGGGGACAGACAAGUUACACCACCUACGACUAUGCUCGCAACCAGACUCUUCUAGUCACAACAGAUGACGCCACAGGUGCUUCCAGCUGCAGGGUCAGUGGCUUUUCUCGCUUCAGCUUGUUUGGCUUCCACGUUGAGAACGGGAGUGGCCACAUCAACGGCACCAACGCUGUCUUCAGGUUUGGCGAGGAAUACAACGAAACCUACAUGGGCAUGACGACAGUGCGGGGCAUUCGGGCUAACCACUGGCAGCGUUGCGUUUAUGCCCCCGGGGCCAACGUUACGUUCCGACUUGACUUCUACUUCUCCAAUGCCAGCUUCCAUCUGCAAUCUGGGGCUAAUGCCAUUCCUCUGAGAGCAACAAUUAAUGGAACAGCUGUAAACAGAACAACGAAGGAAAUGUACAAUUUCUAUCACAAUUAUGAAUAUCUAGAAGUUGAACCAGGCCCUAUAACCUUGGAGAGAGCUUUUGAGCCACCACUAGGUGUACUUUGUGAAGGGUAUGAUAGGACGAAGAAGUUCCCGGAUUUCCCUUCCGUGUUUGGAGUGAGCUUGGAAGCCAUGACACCAGGUUAUAAUUGGAUACAUUUUUCAAGGGAGUACUACAGCUUUCCUGCUAAUAUGUUUGCCUUGGUCCACGAACCUACUGGGAACUCGUCACAGAAUGCCACGGCGAUCCGAGAAGUCCAUGAUUUCAAUGCAGGUCUCUCUUAUAGGUUCGAGUACGGGACUGAUAAAUGUACCGUUGGACCGAUACCAGUUGAUACUUUCAUGCAUGAUGCUGAUUCGCCGGACGGUAAACGCGUCGUUCUGAAAUCGCCCACGACCUUCCUCCUGCCGAACCAGUCAUCGUGGAUUUACCAGGGAAAUACGACGUUACGUGGCAUUGACGUGGAAGGUUGGAUCACACCCACCAGUAUUACUAUCGGCCCUCUCGUCUGGAACGGCACCAUGGAAUACUUCUUUGCUAGGGGUAACUGGACCAGUGGCACGGAUCAAACAGGAUUGGUUCAUCAGAUGCCUUUACAAUUAAAAUCUACAUUAACUGCCGAUGUUGGGGGCUUUCCAGUCAGCGUCACUCACAUACAAAACAUGUUUCACUACACGUAUCAUAUCCCAUCUUAUGUCUUUGAUGUUCAUCUGUGCUAUAAUGAAGAGGACAGCCGCUCCAUGGCAGUAGAGAUCUUGGGAAUGGACAUCCGUAAAAACUACAUUGUGAACAACACCCACAAUUUCUACGCUGCAGUUCAGCACGCCAUGGCUAAUGCCUCCGGUCUUCCGGCCAGCCGUAUUGGCAAUGUUUAUGCUGCUGAGGGUGUUGAAGAGAUUCUGAUCGUCUACUUUGACAUGCUAGGCCUACCGCCUGUUGAAGGGAACGCCCUCAAUCCUAAGCACGGUCCCGACCUGGCUGAGGCCCUCAUUACCCUCGAAGAACGAGUGCUUGGGAAAGAUCCGAUCCGUAUCAACUUCACCAAGGAUGGCAAGGAUGUGACGCUGAUUGUUGCGAGAGGAUCGCUUCGGUUUGACUUCCACCCACCAUCAGCUGACGAUGAAGGUGUAGGAAAAGGAGCAGCAGCUGGUAUUGGGAUCGGAAUGUUCCUACUGGGAGCUAUCAUCGCUACAUUGAUUGCGGUGGCAUUUGUCAAACGUAGCUCAUCCCCACCUCCGCCAUAUGGUGUACAGGGAUAGAGGUGAAAAUGGUCUAUUAUUUUAUGAUGGAUGGGGGAUCCACAGCUGCCAAGUAGUACUGAUUUUCCAUGUUUAGUACUUAAAAUAGAGAAGAAUGCUGAUGGUUUCAUGCAAAAUACUGAUUUCUUAAGUUUCAGUUUAUGUGUUGUCCU